UUAACUAACUUAACCCUUUGUCCAUUCCCACGUGGAGUCAUAAAGAAAGAAUGUUCACUUGCAGGAGAGUUUCCUCAGCUUUUUUACAAAGAUUGAUCUGCAGAUCACAGUCAACAGGAACUCCAAAUGUUUCAGUUGAUCCAGCUCAGCAUAUAUUCAGUGCUGCCUGCGUUCAGAGGUUUCCUCUCCUUGGUAGAGUCAAGACCGACCUUGAAGUCAAAGUCAAUCAAUUUAAAGUUGUUGCUGCUGAAAAAAGGAGCCGCUUAUCUGAUUUUGAAUUAGAAGAGCAAAAGUUUGCUGCACUAAAGGAAACCGUUGAAAAGAAAGCCAAAGAAGAAGGAGUCAAUGUCUCAGUUUUUGAUAUGGAUACUUCUUUUAAAGAUCUUCAGGAAUCAUUUGAAAAAGACUUUGAAUCUUUUGAACCUCAACCAAGAGAGACUGAGCCUGACAGAACUGGUGAUGUUCGUUCAACCAUGAGAAAACUUGAUCGUAUUCUCUACCUUCUUGUGAAGACUGAGGAUGAAUGGAGAAUGCCUCAAGGAGGUCUAAUGGAAGGAAUGAAUCUUUGUCAGACUGCACAGGAGCAAUUGACUAAACUCUGUGGGGCAGAUCUCUCAGUUCAAUUUAUUUCAAACACACCAGUUGCUUGUCAUUCAUUACCAAUCAAUAAAAGAUCAAAAGUAUUUUUUCUUAAGGCCCAGUAUUUAUCAGGAACUGUGAAGAUUGAUACUGAAAUGCUGGAAGACUAUGCUUGGGUUACUAAAGAAGAACUGAAGGAUUAUCUAUCGCCACACUAUUACAAAUCGAUAUCCCCUGCACUAUUAGACUGACGAAUUACCAUAAUAAUUAUAUCAAUAGUUUAUGUUUGUAUGUGAAAUAAAGAAAGGUUAUAGUUUCAUAAAUCAA